AAAUUCUAUUUCAAGGGAAUGUGUAAACCUUUGUUGUUGGCAGGAACUUGAAUGUACAAUUCAAAUUCGCACCACUUGCAGGGAAUAAGGAGCCUAAUUUGUCGUCCGUUUGCCAAUAAGGCGUAAAUGUAGCCUUUAAUAAAUUAAAUCAAAGAUUGCUGUUGGUUUAUUGGAUUAUGUGGGAAUGAUGCUGUUGUUACUUUUACUGCAACUCUCUAUGUGGGGAGCAACUGGAGCAGACACCGACGGAGAAGCAACUGUGUGUACAUCCAAUGCCUGUUUCUCUUUUCACAUGGAGAGAGUCAGCUUUGAAGACGCUCGAUUGAAAUGCCAUGGUGACGGAGGUUACUUGGUAACAACUAAAGACAAACGCGAGAUAGCCGAACUUCAGUCAACCCUUUCGCAGAUCGACGAAAGACAUCGCUAUUUGGACUUCAAAUUUUGGAUCGGUUUGAAAUUGCGUAAAGGCGAUUGCAUUAUAAGGGACAUGAGUCUCAACGGUUUUAAGUGGAUAUCUGGAGGGGAAUAUUCCCAAUAUUCGAACUGGGAGAAGGAACCUCGCAGCACCUGCACAGAGGAGCGUUGCGUGUUGGUACAUUAUUCUUUAUGGAGUCGCAAUGAAUUGAAAUGGACGGAUGGAUCUUGCAAAGACGAGGCUUUUUACUCGUGCAAAUUCUAUUUCAAGGGAAUGUGUAAACCUUUGUUGUUGGCAGGAGGAGAGCAAGUGAAUUACAUGCUCCCAUUCUCAGCAAAUGCAUUAAAUGGGGAUAAUAACAUGACUGCAUUCCCAUUUGGAACAUAUGCUGAUAUAAGAUGCAAUGACACUGAUCACUUUUCUAUUUGUAAAUUAACGGAUGGUGUCUAUGGUUGGACUAUCCCUGGUCCGUUUUGCGGCUCAGAUAAACAGAACUGUGGAUAUAAAAACGGUGGAUGUGAUCAUUUGUGCGUUGAUAGUGACGCUGGUGGUGUCCGUUGUGAAUGCAAGGACGGUUAUGCGUUAGGACAGGACAGAGUAUCAUGUGGCCUAAAGGAAUAUUGUCACAGUUCUCCAUGUCAGCACCAAUGUGUAACAGGACCGACGGGCUUCUCGUGCGUAUGCCCAAACGGCUUCCAAUUGGAUAAAGACCAAUUUGGUUGUAUUGAUGUUGAUGAAUGCCAUAUUAAUGCCUGCGAUGGUCAUCAUUGCAUCAAUACCCAAGGUAGUUACACAUGCAGGUGCAAGGGAGGCUACACAAUGGAUGAGGGCAAAUGCCACGAUAUAGACGAGUGCACGGAAUCUAGAUGUCCCCAAAUAUGUCUUAACUCUGAAGGAUCCUUCUCCUGCCAUUGCAUCGCGGGGUUCACUGUGUCUGAGGACGGUAAUACUUGUAUAGACAUAGACGAAUGCUUCAGUAAUCGAUGCGAGGACAAAUGCACUAAUACCAUUGGUAGUUUCAGGUGUUCUUGCCAUCAGAACUUCCGGUUACACCCUAAUGGAAUGACCUGCAUUCGAGAUGUGACUGUUGUCUCCACUGCGGAGACGUCAAGUGAUCAUAGAGACACUGACCAACACGACGAGACCAUGGACACUAUAACCAUAUCGCCGGUUGACUAAAAAAGAGACUCAGUUCACCCACGGACCACCUCAAGACACUAUUAGGCACGACAUUACGCACGAAAUUACGCCUGACAUUACGCACGACGUUACGCACGACAUUACGCAGCAUAGUCCGUCCAGCAAAACCAUUGGAAUGAGUGGGCCAACGC